GGCUUUUUUUUUUCUUUUUUUUAAAAAAAAAAAAAAAUUCCAUAAUCAGCUGAGACUUCAACCUUUUGCUCUCUCUCUCUCUCUCUCAAACUCUAAAUAUAAUAAGUGGAUCUUGCUCAUCAUUUCCCUUCUUCACGACCACAAUAGGGUUUGAGUUUCGAUUUUAAUUUUUUUUUUUUUUUUGGUUUUUUUCUUUUUGGUUUUGGGAAGCUGGAAAUUUGAUGUUCGCAUUUCAGUUCUGUGCUGUAAAUGUUGUUUUGGGAUUCUGAGCUUCAGUUUCGCGAUCUUCAUGAUUGGUGUGGAGCUAUUGUGUUAUGUAUAGGCGUGUAGAUUGUUAUGAAUUUAGGGUUUGGAGUUUUGGCUUGAAGGGUGUCAUUUUCUCCAUUCCUUUUUUUUUUUAUUUUAUUUUGGUGGGGAUUAGCUUGUCUGGGCCUCUUUGGUUCAAUUGAAUUGGAUUUUUGUGAGUUUUUAAAGGACUGAUCUUAGUAGUUACUUGCUCCAAGCAGCUACACCAACACCAAGAACUGCUUUCUUCUUUGCUCAGGUAAAUUCAGUAUGAGUAUGACCAGUGAAAGUGAGGACAGGAUGACUUUUAAAGGCAGUGUAAGCUCCCCAUCUAUUGAAGAAGCUACUGCUGGAGGAAAAACUGGAGGAAGUGUUCUAUUAAAGAAAGGUCCCUGGACAUCUGCGGAAGAUGCAAUUUUAGUGGAUUACGUAACAAAACAUGGAGAAGGAAAUUGGAAUGCAGUGCAGAAGCAUUCAGGACUUGCUCGCUGUGGUAAAAGUUGUCGUUUGCGGUGGGCAAAUCACCUCAGACCAGAUUUAAAGAAAGGCUCAUUCACUCCCGAGGAGGAGGGCCGUAUCAUUGAACUCCAUGCUAAAAUGGGAAACAAAUGGGCACGGAUGGCUGCUGAGCUCCCUGGCCGUACUGAUAAUGAGAUAAAGAACUAUUGGAACACCAGAAUCAAGAGAAGACAACGUGCUGGCUUGCCCAUUUACCCCCCAGAUCUGUGUUUGAAAUCCAUAAAUGCGAGCAAACAAAAUGGAGAUAUGAACAUAUUUUCAAUUGGGGACAUGCAGCAUCCUGAUCUUUUCCAAAUUAACUGUUUUGAGAUCCCAGCUGUUGAAUUCAAGAAUUUGGAACUAAAUCAGCAUUCAUAUCCUCCACCUGCACUUGUUGAUAUUCCUGCUAGUAGCUUGCUUGAUAUUCCUUCAAGUAGCCUGGUGGGACAAGGUCUUAAAUCUUCUUGUGGCAACAGGUAUUUCCAGUCCACUGUGCAUCCUUCGAAACGUCUGAGAGGAACAGAGACCUUGUUCCCAGGUUUAAGUGACAAUGGCAGUGAUUUUCUACCAGCAUGCAGUCGAUUCCAGAGUGGUAAUUCUGCUGCUGCAUAUAUUGCUGCUGCUCAAUCUUUUGGGGUUUCUUCUGCAUACAAUCAAAACCUGGCUUCUGAUGACCCAUCAUUAUUGAGUGUUAUUCCUGGCAGCCAUGCCACUUUAAAUGGCAACUCCUCCUAUUCUUCAGAGCCCUCAUGGGAGAAGAAGCCGGAGCUCCCUUCACUCCAAAGUCAGAUGGGUAGUUGGUACUCACCAUCCUCCUCCCCUCUUCCUUCACUAGAGUCCAUUGACACUUUGAUUCAGUCACCACCACCAACUGAGCAUACUGAAUCAGGUAGUCUUUCUCCACGAAACAGUGGCCUGCUGGACGCGGUUCUUUAUGAGUCACAGACUUUGAAACAUUCAAAGAAUAAUAAUACUUCAUCCCAACAGACGACUUCCGAUGCUUCCAUCAUUCGUGGUAGCAUAGUGGAUAAUUCAUGCCCAGAUCUUCAUGACACAGAAUGGGAAGCAUAUGGAGAUCCAAUCUCACCAUAUGGCCACUCUUCUGCUUCAGUGUUCAGCGAAUACACCCCUGCUGUCAAUUUAGACGAGGCACAGACAGUAGUAGCAGGGUGCAAAGUGAAGCAAGAGGAGGAGGGUAUGGAGUUGAGCCCUAUGCAAUGCGGCGAUACAGGCAGAGAUGAUGAAGAAUCAUUCCAGAACAUGUUUUCAAGUUGUUUUGGUUCUCAGAACCAUUGUGUACUGAAAGAAGUAUUUGGGGCGGUACUUUUGGAUGAUUUUAGCAGUCGGGACUGCAAGAAUAUGAGAACCAUUUCCAUGGCCACCGCCACUUCAUCAGGAGGCAGUCCUUGUGCGUGGGAUCAUGCCAUGUCCACUGUCUGAAAUUAUAAUUCAAAUUCUUGUUUUCAAGGACCCCUGCCCUUCCUUAUAGGACAAAUGUGACAUACAUACAUUUUCUUUCACUCUCUCUCUGUGUGGCCUUUUUAGUAGUAGUAGUAGUAGUAGUUGCAUUAUUGAUUCCUUGCAGACUGGAAACAAUAUCCUCCUAUCCUAUCCUAUCCACUUCUAAAAUCCAAAUCUAAAACUGAAAAAGCUGUACGACGUCAACAUACAAAAAUUUGUUGUUUUACAGUUGCUAUUUGUUUG